AUGAUCUCCACGAGCACGAUAAAUGCCGUGCCUGCGGCGCCCAUCGCUGGUGGUAAUGGUGCUGAUAAUCUUGCUGCGCUCUUGGCGCAAAUGAACAUUACUGGGCAGGACGCAUCCAAGGUGACCUCGACAAUUCAUGAUGUAGUCCAGAAUGCAGUGGUCGCUGCUGUUUCUGCCAUCAGUGUUGUUUCAACCACUGUGGUCUCAGACCCGCUCACUCCAACACCAACUUCAGUUCUUGCCCCGACCACUGCGGCCUCAGCCCCGCUUACUCCAGCGCCGACUCCAGUUCCCCCGACGUCAACUGCGGCCUCAGCCCCGCUUACUCCAGCGCCGACUCCAGUUCCUAUUGUCAAUAUGCUGCCUGUGUCAGCUCCUGCUCCCCUCGUUGUAGUGCCGACCCGUGGAGCUGUGGGCUUAACCCAGACUCCAGUUAAAGUGACCUAUGAUAUGCCGGCGGCAGAUGCUACAGGACCCUUCUACUGGGUGACCCGUGGACGCCGCAUCAGCAUCUUCUCCACUUGGCAGCAGACCUCCUCCCAUGUGAUUGGCGUGAGCAGGGCCUCCUUUUCCAAGGUCCGCUCAGUAGCCGAAGGCAUGCAGUUGAUGGAGAAGGCGAUCAAUCGUGGUGAAACGGAGUUGUUGCCUUGA